GACAUAUUACAUUCUGAGUAUUACAUUCUGAAUAACCAUAGGAAGGAGGCACUUGUUGGGAUGAGGUCCAAGUCUUACCAAUUCAGAACACAACAAAGCACCUUAUCUCUGGUGUUUAGGGGUUGGGUAGGGGGGCUUUGCUUAAUUGGUUGAAGUUGUGUGUCUCCGACCUUGGAACUGGCAAGAAUGGCAAACCAGCUUCCCACUAGUCCCUGCAAAGCUAUAUCUUUUCUCUUUCACAGGUUGUAGUUCAAGAAACUGACCUUAUUUCGUCAUCUUCAACAAAGCUCUAAUCAGAAAUUCCACCUCUUCUAUUCAAUUAGAAAUUAUAUCUAAUACUAUUCUACUCUAACUCUUGCAUACAGUCAACUAAUAUUCAUUAUUUUUAAGGCAGUCCUAAAAUAUGCUCUUGUCUAUAUUUAAUAUUGGAAACACUUAUCAAUAUUGCUAAGGAGGAACAAAUCUGUUCUACCCACACUAUAAUUUCUCAAAAAAUAAAGAGAACAGAAACUUUGAUCUUUCCUUCUUUUCAGAAAUUAAAAGAACAGCCACCAACUCUUCCAAACACAUGGAAAAUGCACCAAGAUUUAUGUCUGUGAAAGCAUAGAGAAUGAUAGCAACAAUUUUAAUAUUAAUCCAGACAUAUUUAAUAUGUUUAUCAAAAUGAUAAUAAGUAUAGUGUUCCUCAUCCCAACCAGUGCUUCCUUCCUACGUGUAUUCAGAAGCUAAUGCUCAGAAUGCAGUGUGACUGGAGCAAAGUUUAGAAAAGGGAAUUGUUAGAAAAAAACGCCAUUGCAUAGGGGGAUGUUGAGUUAUUUAAAACGGAGAAACAGGAAACCUAAAAUUGCUACUAGCAACACUAUAAUUACCCUUGAGUUUGUCUGGAGAUUCAAAUUUAACAGCAUUCUAUAGGAAACCUGCCACUUGAAUGAAUGGCUUAAAUGGGACCGAUGGCAGGGGAUGUGAAUAAUGAGGGGUGAAUGAUGGAGAAAAUUCCGCAGGUGAAAUUCAAAUAACAUCCACAACGAGAGGGUACAGGGAAGGUCAGGCUGUGGAAUAUCCACCAGUAUAUUCUUGAUCUCCAUGUCCUCAAUUGGUGGUCUAUAUAGUUGUGAUCAUUCUCAUGAUCCCAAAUUUGAGGUAGUCACUGGGGCCACCCUAUUCUGGACACCUCCUAACUGAUUGUGGAAGAUCCUUGGGACUUCUAACCUCAUGGCUCUUUAUAGGGUCAUUACAUGUAGUGCAGAAGAUCAACUGUGAGAAGAAAGGAGCUAUACCUCGCUGUUUGGAUACAUAUAAAGAAUCUUUUGAAUGUAUACAUCACUUUGAUUUGUAUUCCCAUCCUAAUAUUGUCUUUCAUUUAUGAACAUGAUUUUAUUUUCAUAUAUUUGUGAAUUUUUAAUUCUCAAACAAUAUGGAAUAUUUGUCUUUAGCUGGUUUCUUAUAGUAUCUUUGUCUGUCUUUGUAUCAAGGUCAUGCUGGCCUCAUAGAAUGAAUUAGGAAGUAGUCUUUGCUCUUCAGUUUUCUGCAGAAGUUAAGAACGGUUGUUCAUUCUUCCCUAAAUGCUUGGUGGAAUUCACUACUGAAGCAAUCUGGUCCUGGGCAUUUAUUUGUUGAGACAUUUUGGUUACUGAUUCAACCUCCUUAAAAGUUAUAGUCUACUCAUGUUUAAUAUUCCUUCAUGAUUCAGUCUUUGUAGGUUAUGUGUGUCUAGGAAUUUUCCAUUUCACUAGGAUUCCUCCUUUUUUCUGGUUUACAAUUAUUCUUAGUACUUUAUUUUUCAUUUCCUUAUUGAUUUUCUGUCUAGAUGUUUUAUCCAUUAUUGAAAGUGUGAUAAUAAAGGUUCCAACUAGUUUUGUGUUGGCAUCUGUUUCUCCCUUCAAUUCGGUCAAUGUGGGUUUCAUGUAUUUUGGAGGUUAGAUGUUUGGUACAUUUACAUUUAUAAUUGUUCUAUAUUCUUGGUGGACAGGCCCUUUUAUCCAUACAUAAUAUCCUUUUUGUUUCUUGUCACCAUUUGUCUUAAUUUUUUUUUUUAUCUGUUACUGGUAUAGCCAUGCCAGCUCUCUUUGGUUACCAUAAAUGUAGAAUAUGUUUCACCAUCUUUCCCUUUAAAACUAGUUGUGUCCAUAGAUCCAAAGUGAGUCAAUUAUAGAAACCAUAUACUUGAUUCUGUUUUUUGAAAUCCAUUCUGCCAUCUCUUCCUUUUGAUUGGGGGAGUUUAUUACAUUAAAGGAUUAUUGAUAGGGAAAGACUUAGAUUUUUAUUUUUUUAUAUAUGACUUAAGUCUCUUAUUUCCUCCAUUACUACCUUCCUUGGCAUUCAGAGGAUUUUUGUUUGGAUGACAUGUUUUGAUGUCCUUCUUAUUUUCAGUUGUGUAUAUUUUAUUGGUAUUUCCUUUGUUGUUACCAUGGGGAUUACAGAUAACUUUGUAAAGCUAUACCAAUCUAUUUUGAAUUGAGGCCAAAUUAACUGCAAUGCCAUACAAAAUCUCUACUCCUAAAGCUCCAUUUACCUCUCCCAAUUUAUGUUAUUGAUGUCUCUAAUUUCAUCUUCAUACAUUGUGUACAUUUUAACAUAGAUGCAUAAUUAGUUUUAUGCAUUCGUCUUCUAAAUCUUGUGGAAAUGAAAAAGUAGAGGUACAAACCAAAAGUACGAAAGUAGAUGGUUUUAUGUUUGCCCACAUGUUUACCUUUGACUGAGGUAUUUAUAUCUCCAUACAGCUUUGAGAUAUUGUGUAGUUUCCUUUCAUUUGAACAUGAAUGACUCCCUUUACAUUUCUUGUCAGUUAUAAGGGUAAUAAAUUCUAUCAGCUUUUGUUUAUCUGAGAUUGUCUUCAUUAACCCCUCAUUUUUUAAAGACGUUUAUACCUGAUAUAGAAUUGUUGGUUGACAGGUAGGUUAUUUCUGUUAUAGCACUUUUAAUACAUCAUCUCACUAACUUAUGUCCUUACGGUUUCUGAUGAGAAAUCUGUUGAUAAUGUUAUCCAGGAUCCCUUGUACUUACUGAGUCCUACUUCCUUUGCUGCUUCAAGAUAGUCUCUUGUCUUUGUUUUUCAAUGGUUUGAAUAUAACGUUUGUGGGGGUGGAUAUCUUUGAGUUUAUUCUACUGAUAAUUCUUUGAAUUUCUUGGAUUUGUUGAUUACUCAUGUCUUACAUCCAGUUUAGGGAGUGUUUGUUCAUUAUUUCUUCAAAUAAUCUCCGUGCCAUUCUCUCUCUCUUCUUUUGGGGCUCUGAUAACGCAUAUAUUAGUCCUCUAGAUGGUGUCCUGCAACUCCUUUAGGGUCUGUUCACAUUUCCCUAUUUUUUUCUUUCUGUUCCUUAGGCUCCAUAAUUUCCAUAUAUUUUUUGAUGUUAUCAUUUUAUUAAUAUAUGCUUUACCUGAUUUCCGUUGGUUUAUUUUCAAAUGUUUGCUUUAGCAAUUUUGGCAUGUAUAAGACAGUUGUCUUCAAACACUUUUGUCUAUUAAAGCCCAAUGCCUAUGUUUUUUCAGGAACAGUUUCAGCAAAUUUAUUUUCCUUUGUGGUUGAUAAUGGUUUUGUUUUUUGUGUGUGUUUAAUUGUGCAUUUGAAAAAACUGCCACUACUCCUACUCCUCUCAGAUUUGUUCUCUGUCCUGACAAUCUUUCACUUAUUAGCUUGGCAUGCUUCUAGACUUGGGAUAAACCAAACAUGAAAGCUGAAGGUGUAUUCACCACUUUCAUGAGCAUGCAUCGUGCCUGGCCGGUAUGUGGAUUUUUUAAUUCCUCUGAAUACAUGGCUGGUUUUUGAACGUACUAAUAUCCCAAGCUUCUCCUCAGAGCUUUAUAUGGUCUAUUCUGCAUCUUCAAUCUUAAUCUCUUGCCCGUGGCACCUAUGUUCUUAUAGUCUCCCUGCAGUUAUAAUGAGCCCAUCCAGCUGCUUUUCAGUUCAAGCUUAGAGCUAGGCAAUAUAUACAGCAGUCUUUCAGACAGCCUCCACAUAGCUUAGAACAUUGCAAGUAAGAUCUUUUAUGAUCACCCAAUUUGAGAGAGGUAACUGGGAAAGGCAGGUCCCUCUUACAGAUCAAACCUACAGUGUGCCAGGCAGGAGGAGGGCAAAGGCAGAAGAAUAAAACAGAGUCUGCUUAGACAGAGGAGCAACAGGCAAUGGAUCCCAAGGGUUGGUGUGAGAAACUAAAUGAUGGCCACGAGAUUCCCGUACUGGGAUUUGGCACCCAUGCACCAGAAGAGGUUCCUAAGAGCAGAACUGUGGAGGUCACCAAACUAGCUAUAGAUGCUGGGUUCCGCCAUAUUGAUUCUGCUUAUUCAUACAAUAAUGAAAAGGAGGUUGGACAGGCCAUCCGAAGCAAAAUUGAAGAUGGCACUGUGAAGAGAGAAGACAUAUUCUACACUUCAAAGCUUUGGCUGACAUUCCUUCGACCCGAGUUGGUCCGGCCAGCGUUGGAAAAAUCUCUGACAAAUCUUCAACUGGACUAUGUUGACCUCUAUAUCAUUCAUUUUCCAAUAGCGCUGAAGCCAGGGGAAGAACUUUUUCCAGAAGAUGAACAUGGAAAAUUAAUAUUUGACACAGUGGAUCUCUGUGCCACAUGGGAGGCCAUGGAGAAGUGUAAGGAUGCAGGAUUGGCCAAGUCCAUUGGGGUGUCCAACUUUAACCGUAGGCAGCUGGAGAUGAUCCUGAACAAGCCAGGGCUCAAGUACAAGCCUGUCUGCAACCAGGUGGAAUGUCAUCCUUAUCUCAACCAGAGCAAACUGCUGGAUUUCUGCAAGUCAAAAGAUAUUGUCCUAGUUGCCUACGGUGCUUUGGGGACUCAACGUCUAAAAAGAUGGCUUGCCCCAAACUCCCCAGUUCUCUUGGAGGAUCCAGUUCUUUGUGCCAAGGCAAAAAAGUACAAGCGAACUCCAGCACUGAUUGCCCUUCGAUACCUGCUACAGCGUGGGGUUGUGGUUCUGGCCAAGAGUUACAAUGAGAAGCGGAUCAAAGAGAACAUGCAGGUUUUUGAAUUCCAGUUGACUUCAGAGGACAUGAAAGACCUAGACGGCUUAAACCGAAAUCAUCGAUUUCUUCCUUUACAAAUUGCUGUUGACCACCCGGAGUAUCCAUUUGCUGAUGAAUAUUAACAUGGAAGCCUUUGUCCUGAAUUCUACCAAAAACCCUGAUUGCAGAUAAUGACACAAGAAAUGUCUCAGAUGUUGGUGAUCAGACACAUCUGCAUGGGUUCCAUCCAUGCUGCUUAGCAACUCAUACUCAGCUAGCCUUAAGUCUAUAGGUUAGGAAGGAAAGGUACUGCAUUUUUGUCAUCUUCUGCAAAAAAUUAAAGACUUUUUUUACCUAAA